AUGUCAGGACAUCACCGCAUCACUCUCGCUGCCAACCCCCCCUACUUCGAUGGCGACAAGUCCAAAUACCUGGGCUUUGUGGACGCGUGCACCACUUACAUCGGUGCCUAUCGGUCAGAGUUCUCGCUGGACGAGACGAAAAUCCUCUUCGUACUGUCCUACCUCCGCAAUGAGAGCGGCACAAGCUGCGCCGCCUCAAGAUGGGCGAUGAACUGGAAGCAGCACAAUUUCGAGGGCUUCCAAGGACUAAAGGCGGGAGUCACCGCGACAAGCUUCUUGGAGGAGCUUCAGAGGGCCUUUGGGGAUUCUAACGCAGAGCAAGUCGCUGCCGCCCGACUCAUGGCCCUUUGCCAGGGCAGACGGUCCUUCGCGGACUACAUCUCUGACUUCGAAAUGCUGGCUGCGGACGCGGGGUACAACGUGGUCGCCUCAACCGAUGACAAGGGCGAGUACAAGAAGGGGGAUCAGGACAACAUCCUCAUCGAGUUCCUCGAGCGCGGACUCAGCAGCGAAAUUGCAAGCCGCCUUUACAACACCGGCGUCCCCCUGCCCAAGGCAUAUGGUGCCUUCAAGAACUGGUGCGUCAACAUCGAGGCCAAUGCCUUGCGCGAUCAGCUGCGUAAGGCAUCCUAUGCGCACUCAACUCCGCGGCCCCCACCCCAAUUCCGCCCUCAGGCUGCACCAUCAGCACCUGCACCCGCUCCGGCCCGACCAGCGGCCAAUGAGCCGGUUCCGAUGGAGAUCAAUCGCACCCACGCCCGUGGCCGCAAUAUCAUCUGCUACAACUGUCAGCAACCUGGACACAUUGCGCGGAACUGCCCUGAGCCCAAGAAGAAGCGCACGUUCUUCAAUCGGGCCACAAUGCUAGAAGAGAUCGAGAACGGGGACAAGGACAACGAGUUCCUGAAGGAGAUCGCCGAGAAGCUGCGCGAGAAGGGUUUUUGA